UGAAAGCGCAAAACCGGGCGAAACUGGAGCAGACCGCGAGAAACCCGCCUAACCUGCCGUGGGGCGCAGCGGCCGCGCAGCCGCCCGUGUGGACUGAUGUGCUGGCGGAAAUGUCACGGCACAUCUACAUCCGCAACAAGAUCGGCGAGGGCAUCCAGGCGCCCAUAUUCCAGGUGAAGCCCGUGAGCGCGCUGCACACGCCUCCUGUUCUCAAGCUCAAAAGUGCAGUGAACAGAGGAACGUACUCGAGACGGAGUCGCCUUAAACGCUCCGAUGGCAGCACCACCUCCACCAGCUUCAUCCUCAGACAGGGCUCAGCUGAUUCCUACACUAGCAGGCCGUCCGACUCGGAUGUGUCAUUGGAGGAGGAGAGGCAGGAUGUGGGGAGCCAGGGCCGGCAAGAACGAGAGCAGCAGGCCGCCGUACAGCUGGAGAGAGCAAAGGCCAAAGCGGUGGCCUUCGCCGUGAAGACUAAUGUCAGUUAUUGUGGAGCACUGGACGAAGAUGUGCCCGUGCCAGGAACAGCCAUUUCAUUUGAUGCUAAGGACUUCCUGCAUAUCAAAGAGAAGUUCAAUAAUGACUGGUGGAUCGGGCGGCUGGUGAAAGAGGGCUGUGAGAUCGGCUUCAUCCCCAGCCCUCUGAAGCUGGAAAACAUCCGAGCCCAACUGGAGCAGAAGAAGAGCCGUGUUCAAGGUAAGUCCAGCGGAAGCUCCUCCUCCAGCUUGGGGGAUGUGAUGUCAUCAGGCAAGCAGAAACAAAAAGUGACUGAGCAUGUGCCUCCCUAUGAUGUCGUGCCCUCCAUGAGGCCUGUGGUUCUGGUUGGUCCAUCCCUAAAAGGAUAUGAGGUGACUGAUAUGAUGCAGAAGGCUCUCUUUGACUUCCUGAAGCACAGGUUUGAUGGCAGGAUAUCCAUUACCCGUGUGACUGCUGACAUCUCCCUGGCUAAGAGGUCUGUGCUGAACAACCCGAGUAAGAGAGCCAUCAUCGAGCGCUCCAAUACCAGAUCCAGUCUGGCCGAAGUGCAGAGUGAGAUUGAGCGUAUCUUCGAGUUGGCACGCUCCCUACAGCUGGUAGUGCUGGACGCAGACACCAUCAACCACCCUGCUCAGCUGUUGAAGACCUCACUAGCUCCCAUUAUCGUUCACGUCAAAGUGUCCUCACCGAAGGUCCUCCAAAGACUGAUUAAAUCCAGAGGAAAGUCUCAGAGUAAACAUCUCAACGUGCAGCUGGUAGCAGCCGAUAAACUGGCGCAGUGUCCACCAGAGAUGUUUGACAUCAUUCUGGAUGAGAAUCAGUUGGAGGAUGCGUGUGAGCACUUGGCCGAGUAUCUGGAGGCGUACUGGAAGGCCACACACACCUCCAGCAGCACUCCACUCAACCCGCUCUUGGGGCGGAACCUUGGCCCCUCAGCCCUCGCCCCUUACCCUUCCACCAUCUCCGGCCUGCAGAACCAGCAGGGCCAAAGAACGCGGCACGCCAACCACACAGGAGACCACUCCACAGCCAACGAGCGGCGCAACCUGAUGACCCCGGAUGAAAACUACCACAACGAGCGCCCUCACAAGGGCCGCGGCAACCGCAGCUCGUCGGGCUCACAGCAGGGCCGAGAGCACCACCACUACAUGGACGAGCAGCAGGACCCUUACCAGGACAGCUACAAACCGCACCGCAACCGCAGCUCACCGGGCACCUACAGCCAGGACUCACACCACCGGCUCUGAGCAAGUUUCAUCCCCUGCACUUGAGUCCAUUGUCAUUUAACAUAGCGUUUCUUUGGUAUGCAUUGAGUUUUUUUUUUUUUGGUGGACGUCAUAAGCUCCUCCUAAAGCCCAGUCAUCUGACUUGCAUCUCCAUCUGCACGAAUGACAUGCUGAGAUAAAUGUGGAUCGUCCAGACUUCCAGCACUCCACCAUUCAUGCGUUCUCUUGUUUAUUUGUUUGUACUUGUGUUCUGUUACUGUUACUAAAGGUGAGAUUUUCCCAGCCAACAAAAAAAAAACAAAACAAAAAAAAAAAACAUGAUGUUUUUCAUGAUGUUCAAAAAUAUAUCAAGUGAUAGCCCUGACAGGGACCGGAGAGUAAACAAAAGCCCACAGAACAGAUCCACACUGUGUGCUUGAUGCAUGCUUCCUUCGGUGCUGGAUGUUGCGGUGACGCAGAGGCUCCUCAGACGUUACAGUCAGGCUUAAUGUUGAUGAUAUACCAACCCACUGCCAGUGAUAUUUUGUUAUAUUUAUGGAGUGUGAAGAGAAUUCUGCAAGACCAGGAUCUUAGGGUCUUCCAUAGCCUCUGGAUCUAGUUAUGACGAGAGGGAUUUUUUUAUACAGCUGAAUAAAAGAUAAGAUCCAUUUUGCGCCUUUGACACGUUUUCAUUUAGUACGAGAGAGUAACUUCUGUGAAAGUGCUUCCUCGUAGCUUCCAUGGUCUCAAUGGCCCUCUCAGCAUAGACCAUUGUUUGCUAGAUAGAAUAGCCGCUUAACCAAGAGAUGCAGACCAUAUUUGGUAAACAGUAGUGUUGCUCUGAGCUAGUUUACAAUACAUGUAGGUGACAUUGCUCUUUAGAUUUUUUUUUUCUUUUUCUCGAUAAUAAGCAUGAGCAGACCCCAGAAUAGACCUACAUUUGCAGGACCUCAUAUGUCUCCAUCAUAGGUGCUGAGCGUCAGGUAGAAAACAAAAGGUGAUACUUCCUCAUGAUCAUGUGAGUGCCACUUUGGUCUCCUGACUGAAGUUGUGGUUUGAUCUGCUUCAACAAAUUCUCAGGCUCUUCAGGAUCAUAUCACCAUGAUGUGCACUGAUCUCUGGAAGACAGACCGGAUUUACAUCUCGGAUAUUAUUAGCUAAAGUUCUCUCUUCUACUUGAACGCGCCAUGGUGGAAAAGCUGAUCUAAACCAUGGAUAAUAAGCAUGCAUGUCAAGGAACUUGAACGUUUGAGAGCCUGGAUUUUCUCUCAUUGAUUUAUGCUAGUUUGUGCAUUUAAAAAAAAAAAAAAAAAAAAGAUUUUAAAACAAGAUGAAAAAAAAAAAAAAACAUUGCAACCGCAAAACUUAAUCAAACACGUACAUUCUGUAUGCAGUUGUCUAUGAGCAUGCUUCUCUGUUAAUACUAUAAUUGAGGAUGAAUGAAACAAACGGAUCGAGAUUCAAUGCCCAUAACUCAUCAUAACUGCACUGAAGAUUCAUCUCUGAGUUUGCUGCUUGAGACAAUCACACAGAUCUUCUCUGUUCAUCUGGAAACUUCUUCAUCCCGUCCCAGCUCCAUUCUGAGCUCCAACUCGACAAGGGAAGAAAAAAAAAAAAAAGAUCCAUACUUUUGCUUUUUGUUUUUCCUU